GGCGGAACUCUGUGCUUCAGAAAGUGGUCGCUGUUGUGGUCGCGAUGGGGAAGUCAGAUUUUCUUACUCCCAAGGCCAUCGCCAACAGGAUCAAAUCCAAAGGACUUCAGAAGCUGCGCUGGUAUUGUCAGAUGUGCCAGAAGCAGUGCCGGGAUGAGAAUGGAUUUAAGUGUCAUUGUAUGUCUGAAUCUCAUCAGAGACAACUAUUGCUGGCUUCAGAAAAUCCUCAACAGUUUAUGGAUUAUUUUUCAGAGGAAUUCCGAAAUGACUUUCUAGAACUUCUCAGGAGACGCUUUGGCACUAAAAGAGUCCACAACAACAUUGUCUACAAUGAGUAUAUCAGCCACCGAGAGCACAUCCAUAUGAAUGCCACUCAGUGGGAGACUCUGACUGAUUUUACUAAGUGGCUGGGCAGAGAAGGCUUGUGCAAAGUGGAUGAGACACCAAAAGGCUGGUAUAUUCAGUACAUAGAUCGGGACCCAGAGACUAUUCGUCGGCAACUAGAAUUAGAGAAAAAGAAGAAGCAAGACCUUGAUGAUGAAGAAAAAACUGCCAAAUUUAUUGAAGAACAAGUGAAAAGAGGUCUGGAAGGGAAGGAGCAGGAUGCCCCUGUGUUCACGGAACUAAGCAGAGAAAAUGAUGAAGAGAAAGUUACAUUUAAUCUGAAUAAAGGAGCAUGUAGCUCAGCAGGAGCAGUGUCUUCCAAGUCAAGUUCUUUAGGACCAAGUGCACUGAAGACGCUGGGCAGUGUAGCAUCAGUGAAGCGAAAAGAGUCUUCCCAGAGCUCAUCUCAGUCUAAAGAAAAGAAGAAGAAGUCUGCACUGGAUGAAAUCAUGGAGAUUGAAGAGGAAAAGAAAAGAACUGCCCGAACAGACUACUGGCUACAGCCUGAAAUCAUUGUGAAAAUUAUAACCAAAAAACUUGGAGAGAAAUAUUAUAAGAAAAAGGGUAUCGUUAAGGAAGUGAUCGACAAAUACACAGCUGUUGUAAAGAUGAUUGAUUCUGGAGACAAGUUGAAACUGGACCAAACUCACUUAGAGACAGUAAUUCCAGCACCAGGAAAAAGAAUUCUAGUUUUAAAUGGAGGCUACAGAGGAAAUGAAGGUACCCUGGAGUCUAUCAAUGAGAAGACUUUUUCAGCUACUAUAGUCAUUGAAACUGGGCCUUUAAAAGGACGCAGAGUUGAAGGAAUUCAGUAUGAAGACAUAUCUAAACUUGCCUGACUUUGAAAAUUUGUUAACACAUUAAAAUCCUAAAGCAUCAAAUUGAUGUUUGCCAAGGCAUUAUGAGACUCUACUGUGUUAGGGUAUUUCUUUUGUAUAAAACAAAUGGAUUAAUUUAAAUAUUACUGUAUAUUUGUUUAAACUUAUAGAAAAUCUAAUUAUGUCUCCUGAAGUAUCAAAACUGUAAUUUUGUCCUUCUGUUUUCUUUUCUUUUGUAAUAUUUCCUUGAUUUUUUUAACCUUCAUUAAAGAACAUUGUU